CCAAGGUGUUCGGACGUCUCUACAAUUGCGUUAAAUAAAAAAUUUAAAUAAAAAUAGUGUGAGUGCUAGUGUUUUCUUGACUGUGACUUUCGGUGUGUAAUAGAAAGUUUUCGACGUUUUAGUAUUUUAUUUAUCGAGUUGUAUUUUUUAAUAAAAAAAACGGCAUUACGUGAUUCUGUUCGGCCGCUUGACGAUUUUACGCUUGAGGUAACAAAAUGGUGAAACUACGAUUGAAAAUGAGAAAGAAAGUACGGUGACGUGAAAACAAUAUACAAUAUUACGAUGUGACAGUCAAGUGUAGAAUUAGGACAUUCUGUAAAACGACUAAAUAGUUCCUUCAAAUAACAAGAAUACUCUAGCAUACUCAAGUGCAAUCCAGCCAACUAAAAUAGUUUUUUUUAUAUAAAAGUGAGGGUAAUUCGCAAAAAUUGAUUCGUACAAGAGUGAUGGUGUAGGGGGGUACGCGAUGGACAUCCAUGCGCCUACCCUGGUGGUGCAUGGCUAUGAGCCACAUGCGCCACUGCUGGAAGUUGAGGGUCUGGACCCCCACAGCCCUCAACAGAAGGUCCUCAUCCAUGCUCCAACGUUGCAGAGCCAGGAGAUGAUCACCAAUGAACAUCGGAAUGGAGAGUAUGAUUUCACAGACGAGCAGUACCACGCACACAGCAGCGGCCAGGGCGGAGAUGGUCACGGCGGUGUUAACCAACUAGGCGGUGUGUUCGUGAACGGCAGACCUCUACCCGACGUGGUGCGGCAAAGGAUAGUGGAACUGGCGCACAGUGGAGUCCGACCUUGUGACAUCAGCAGACAGUUACGUGUCUCCCACGGCUGCGUCUCCAAGAUAUUGUCUAGGUACUACGAGACGGGCAGUUUUAAAGCGGGCGUGAUAGGCGGGUCUAAGCCGAAGGUGGCGACACCGCCCGUGGUGGACGCGAUCGCUGCAUACAAGCGGGAGAACCCGACGAUGUUCGCCUGGGAGAUUAGAGACCGGCUGCUCAGCGAGGGGAUCUGCAGUCAAGAUAAUGUGCCUUCUGUGUCUAGUAUAAACAGGAUCGUCCGUAACAAGGCUGCGGAGAAGGCGAAGCAUGCGCACAACCAGCAGCAGCAACAACAGCAGGAACAAGAGAUCAGCUCAGCACAAGGCAGCGUCGUCUCCGUAAUAACCCACGCGGGCAACGCGCCGGGAACCACGGCAGUGCUGUCUCCAGCGGCGGAGCACGUCGCCAACACAGGCAGCUAUAGCAUCAACGGAAUCCUCGGCAUCGAGCAAGUGGACGGCCUUCACAACGGCAGUAAUGCUGGACUCAAGAGGAAACGACAUGAGGACCAAGAUGAGAACAGAGACUUCAACAGCCAUUCAGAAGACGACGUCAAAAGACAAAGAAGUCAUUACAAUGGUGACCAAAUAUACUCUAACCUUUGGUCAUCUAAAUGGAGUCUGAAAGACGAGUACAAGUUGCUGUCGGAGCUGGGCGGGGCGGGCGGCGCGGGCGGCGCGGCGGGCUACUACGGCGAGCUGUUCGACGCGCCCUACGAGCACGCCGCGCAUCCACACUACACUCCGCACUCCGCUACGAAUGACUCGACGGGGUCUAACGGCGGCGCGGGCGAGCCUCCGUCGGCGGCGGCCAGCCCCGACGCCGCCGCGCUCGUCGUGCUGCAGCCGCCCGCGCCGCCAUACCCACCUUAUGCACAUUACGAUGGCACGACGACACUUGCCAGCGAGUACGCAUAUGCGGCGCCUUACUCCCAGUACUCGCCGUACGGCGCACCCUACUCACACACUACUGGCUUGCUGUCCAAGUGGUGAAUAUCAACGGACGCCGUGCCAACAAUAGCUGCCGGCGAGCAACGAACAAACAAAGUGAUAGGACAUUUGUAUAUCAAAUUGUGAGUGUUCAUUUAACUCAAUCCAUUCCUUUAGAUAAUCUCAUAUGUAGAUAUCAACG